CGGGCCUGACCGCCGCUUGUGUGUGUUGGGUGCUGUUGUGUAGGUUAUCGCCGUUAUGCGAUCAAGGCAAGGCAGACUCCAGUCUAAUCUGCGGAGCAGCAGUAACAAAAUAUUAACGCCGUUUUCCGUAAUGCCCGUUCUGUGCCUGCCACUGAAUCAUUUAGCCGAACAAUGAGUUAUCCAAGCGAGUUUUCCCAAUCUCAAGAAUACGUCAGUUUCCGGAGCAGUAUCCCGCAACGCAAAGUAGCUGUCGAUGCAGAUGCUUCUAAGGAAUGGAAAAUAUAUGACUCUGGCCCCAAAAGUGUGAAAGCUCCGUUAGUGUGUUUGCCACCAGUGAGUGGUACUGCUGAUAUUUUCUUCAAGCAAGUUCUUGCGCUCAAUGCUAAAGGCAUAAGAGUUAUUGCUGCUGAACACCCGGUCUAUUGGAGUGUAAAAGAAUGGUGUGAAGGUUUUCGGAAAUUAAUGGAUUAUCUUGGUCUUCAAAAAGUUCAUUUGUUUGGAACAUCGCUCGGUGGAUUUUUAGCUCAGAAGUUCGCUGAGCAUACAGCAAGUUGUCCUAGGGUUGCUUCUCUCAUCUUGUGCAAUACAUUUAUGGAUACGUCUAUUUUCAACUAUAACGAUUCAGCUUCAUUGUUUUGGAUGUUUCCCUCUCUUCUCUUGAAAAAAAUGAUCAUGGGUAGUUUUACUACAUCUAAGGUGGAUGCUGGGAUUGCUGAUUCCAUAGAUUUUAUGGUAGAGCGGUUGGAAAGUUUAAGUCAGCAAGAUCUUGCAUCUCGUCUUACAAUGAAUUGUGUCAGCUCUUAUGUGGAACCACAGAAAAUGAAAGAAGUACCUGUGACAAUAAUUGAUGUUUUUGAUGAGUAUGCACUCAGUAGUCCUGUGAGAGAAGAAUUGUAUAAAUGCUACCCAAAUGCUCGACUAGCUCACCUUAAAUCUGGUGGGAAUUUCCCAUAUUUGAGUAGAAGUGAUCAAGUCAAUGUUUAUCUACAGAUACACCUUCGGUGCUUUCAAGGAUCUCCUGAGAGUCCAUGGGAGCAGAGUGCUGAAGAUCCUUUCUGGAAAGAAAUUAAUUGUGCUGGUUCGGACAUUAUGAUUGAUGCUACAGAAGAAUUAAAAUCCAACGGAGACGAGUCUUCAUCAGUCAAUGUUGCACCAACUAAAGGAGUUACCAGGGAUAAAUCAAACUCUGCCACAUUGCUUUGAUUAACUUUUCCAAACUGUGAUGAAAUAACUAACAGAUUUUUUAGAUGUGAAUGUUGUCUUGAGUCGUAACCAUUAUUGGAAGUCAUUUUUGUAUGAUCUGUUGUAAUUUAGAUUUACAUUUUUAUUGCUAUAUGAUAGAGAUUUAUUUUACUUCAAACUCUUUGAAACUUGCAUUGUGAUUCAAGACUUUGUUAUACUUUUAAAAGAAUUCAAUUAUGAAGGAGACUGAUGAUAUAAACUGCAAAAGUUUCGUGUGAUUCCAUGAAGUACUAUUUGAAAAGAUAAUUGUUGAAUUGGGAACAAUCCCAAACAUUUGUGAUGAAAUAUUGUAAUUGUUACUUACACAUAUUGCAUUUGAAAAUAUUUUUUAUGCAAUUUUACGUGAGGCUUGUUAAGAUCUAGUGGUACAUGUAUUCUUUCAAAACAUGAAUAAUGUAUUCUAUCUUACUGUGGACUGCAUUGUCCUGUUCAAGAUUCUUCAUUUUAAUACGAGAAUCAUUGAAUGUGUUUUUGAAGUUGAUGUAUCAGUGUUGAAUUGCUAGAACUUGUCUGUUUAGAACGUAGGGUUAAGCGUUAUGAGGUCGUCUGCUUUUUCUGUUUUAUAUCUUUUGUGGCUAAUGUCUGACAUAUCCAUUCUUUUCUGUGAUGCUAGAAAUGAGUUUUAAACUCGACAGUAUAAAAAUGCUGUUAGUAAAGCAUUUUGAAAUGGUUCAUAGGUUUUUGGAGAAUGGGUUUUGUUACUUUUUUACCAAAAAAAUAAAUGAGAAACAAGGAAA